ACGUUCGGGGAUAUUGUCAAUAUACUGGGAAACGGUCUGCCGUUAGGUACAUUUUACGUUUGGCACGCUUCAUCUCGCGUCGUUCGUUUGUUCUGAACUUCGUUCCUUAUAAAUGGCCGACGAGAAGAGCACCAUGGCAUGCGAUGCCGAUAAGCCCGAUAGUCAACAGGAAGGGCAACCCAUCACGAUGGUUAGGUCUGCCAGCGAGGACAUGAGAGAAGAACGUCAAGAUCUGAAGGAGGCGGCGGAGCACAAUCUCAACGUCAUCGUCGAUCUUACCCUCGAUGGCCGCAUCCGUUGGGUGAGUCCGUCCUGGCUGGAUGUCAUCGGAACGGACCCGGACAGCGUCAAGGGGAAGCCAAUCGCAGAUUUCAUUGUCGGAGAGGACAAGUCAAUAUUCGCCAAUGCCGUGGAGCGCAUACAGCAAGAUGAUUCGAGGAGCAAGAUCAUACGUUUUCAGACUGAAAUGGGCCCACUAUCGAAGAUUGGGAAACGAAGGCAGCUUCCCCAUGCUGCCGAGGAGAGCACAGCCCCUGUAUCGGACGAAGUCGGUGAAGCCGCUCCGGCGUCUGAGAAACCGGAGGCCGAGACUGGAGAACAGGAUGUGCCAGAGGAUGUCGAUCUUACCCUGGAGCUUGAAGCUCAAGGGAUCAUCGUGUUCGAUCGAGCCUCUGGCGGCGAGAGUCAUACAAUGUGGAUGAUGCGUCCCACUGUGAUCAGGGAGGUUACCAUCGAUCUUCCUAGCGUUCUCGUCGAUGCCCUUGGUGUCGGCGCAGAGAUGCUAGCCCACUACCUUAAUCAAUUGACCGAAUCCGGCGCAAGCCAAGAUGAGACCGGCGAACUCCCUCCCCCGCCUCCCGUCCUUUGCCGGAUUUGCGAGCGUCAGAUACCUCCCUGGUGGUUUGAAAGGCAUACCGAACUCUGCCUCCAAGAACAUAAAGCGGAAAUGGAGGUUCAGAUGGCCCAUGAGAACCUCACCGAUCACCGUAACCUGAUCGUUAAAGUCCUGGAUGGUCUCGAGGCCCAAAGCCGGCAAUCUCGCCAACCGCCAACUUCCGGGGAAUUGAGUGUUACGCCUCCAGCGCUGCCUGAAUACAAAGGUCAUCGCAUUGGACCGCUGUCGAAUCCUUCCUCGACCCCUUCUUCAGGUCGAGCAUCACCUGCAACACCGCCGUCCCGCUCCAGAGAACGGCCUGUAUCCGGGCUCGGACACCGGCGAGGAAGGUCAUUUGCGGUUCGCCGCCCCAUUGCUCGGAUUGUAGAGCUGGUUUUGGACCUUUGCGAUACGGCUCUCGAAAUUAACACUCCUGUUCUGAAGGAGACACCUGGCCAACAACUGGGCGAGUUUCGCACGCAGUCCCCGCAAUCGGAAAACCACCUGUCGCAGGUAAUGCAAUGGCAAUCACCAAGCACGAGUACAUUGCAAGAAGAUCAAGGCCUCUCUACUUUAUGUGAAGACACCGCAAAGCUCGCGAAGAUCAAGGUUGAUGCCAUCCUUCGCCACCGCCGCAUCCUCGAAUAUUCCGAGCGGAUACGCGUUGAAUUCGAGCUCCUGGUGAGGGAGUGCAUCGAAGCCGCUAUACGUAAAGCGAACCGCAUCGCAGCUGGCGAAGACUCCACUUCUAGUGAAGAUGAUGAACGCGAAAGUGUGGCGGAUCGAAUGUCGGAACAUCAAUCAGAACACCGAAGCGUAAUGGGGACAAACGAGACUCCACCAGAAGAAGGCAUUUUCCCCGCGUCGUUCGAACGCCCGUCGUCAAUGUCCAUGGCUAUGGCGUUGCAUAAUCGCUCGGAUCCGAACCUUCUCAACCAAGGCCGGCGCUCCUCGUCCGCUGCUAAUUCCGCUCGCUCCAGCAGUCCACGGGGAGGACAGACACCCCGGUCCCACGGUGGCGCGAUGAGCUUCGUGCCGCACAGCAAACGGGGCUCCAUGAUGUUUGAAAGCGAUGCCGGUGCCGAUAGUGAUAGCAGUGUUCAUUCCUCCAUCCUUUCAAGUGUAAGACGAGCUGAAUCACCGGGAUCCGAGAUCGGUCUCUCCCGUGUUGCCAGCCAUCGAGACGGGAAGAGGAAAAGUCUUGUUCUAUCCAGCGUCAUGUCCAGCCGUCAACAGUCUCCAGCGAGGCCAAUACCCAUUCAACCCGGUUCUCCUCUUAAGCUGGCCAAGGGGAAACAUUCAAGUUCUGUUGAAGCCCAAUCGCCAUUGGUAUCUCCUAUUCUGUCGACUGGCGACUUCUCAAGCCCAGCGAUGCAACAAGUGCUUCAUCACCGUCGUCAGUCAUCUGCAGCGUCCUCCGAGGUUACGAGACCUCCCCUUUCUCCAAAGCUUGCUGCGGCGGCGACCCAUCCGCAACCUCGAGCCGUCGCGCCGUCUAUCAAAGAUUUUGAGAUCAUCAAACCAAUCAGCAAGGGUGCCUUCGGCAGUGUCUAUCUGUCGAAGAAGAAGUCCACUGGAGACUACUAUGCGAUCAAAGUUCUUAAAAAAGCGGACAUGGUUGCCAAAAAUCAAGUCACCAAUGUCAAGGCGGAGCGUGCGAUCAUGAUGUGGCAAGGCGAAAGCGAUUUCGUCGCUAAACUCUUCUGGACGUUCUCAAGCAAGGACUACCUGUACCUCGUUAUGGAAUACCUGAACGGUGGCGAUGUUGCGUCGUUGAUCAAAGUCCUUGGAGGCUUACCGGAGGAUUGGGCAAAGAAAUACCUGGCGGAGAUUGUGCUUGGAGUGGAUCACUUGCACAGCAGAAACAUUAUCCACCGGGAUCUCAAACCAGACAAUCUUCUCAUCGACCAGAAGGGCCACCUGAAAUUGACCGAUUUUGGACUCUCGCGCAUGGGCUUGAUUGGGAGACAGAAACGCGCUCUCAAUUCCAAGACCGAAGAGCCCGCGCCGGAUCUGCUGAAGCAAGGUCCUUUUCAUCGUGCAACAUCCAUUACGUCGUCUCGAUCCACGUCUUUUGAUUUUCAUGGUAAUAAUUCCCCUUCCCAAACACCGAGUCUGACUCCCGCCUUGACUGGCGAGAUUGGUACCCCAUCGUACUUCAGCCUCAAUCGGGAGAACUCCAAGAGUCGGGACAAUUCACGACGGACGUCGGGCCAUCGAAGUGACAGUGAACAUAGCGAGGCACUGCAGAUGAUGUUCCGAAAAUUCUCCCUGGUCGAUGAGCCCGGGUCGCAACAUACUCGUACCAUACCGAUCGAGGAAGAAGCCGCAUCCGAUAUGAGCUCGCCUGACCCAAGCCAGCCGGGUUCACUCUCUCACGCCAACACGAACCUGUCAGAGGGCAACAGUCAUGGUGGUACCACUCAAAACAGCACCCCUCCGAACGCAAGCAUGCUCCCGCCGCCAAUGGCACUAUUCGAUCCAAAGGAUACCUCCCGCCGGUUCGUCGGCACUCCAGAUUACCUGGCACCGGAAACCAUCCACGGUGUUGGACAGGACGAAACAAGUGAUUGGUGGUCUUUGGGAUGCAUCCUGUUCGAAAUGCUCUACGGAUAUCCACCUUUUCACGCCGAUACCCCCGACCAGGUUUUUCAAAACAUCUUGGACCGUAAGAUCGACUGGCCGACCGAGGAACAAGACCCGGUUUCGCCCGAAGCAAAAGAUUUGAUGAACAAGCUUAUGUGUUUGGAUCAUAGGAGCCGGCUUGGAAGCAAUGUCGAUGACAACUAUUCGAGUGGUGGCGAGGAGAUCAAGGCUCACCCAUGGUUUGCCGGUGUCAAUUGGACUACCGUACAGCAAGAUGAAGCAUCAUUUGUUCCCCAGCCAGAAAACCCAGAGGAUACGGACUACUUCGAUUCACGGGGAGCGACGAUCCAAACUUUUGCUGCCGAAUUCGAAGAUCAAGGCAGCCCUUCCGGGGGCACGUCCGGAGACUUCGAACGUCCGCAUGACGCUCUUGCGAAGGUUCGCAAUCAAGUCAACAACCUGAAACGUGGCGGCUUGAUGCCCUUGCACAUUCCUCCCCAUGUACGAGACGGACGAAAUCGGCGCUUGAGCGAACCGGUGGCUGCUGAUGACUUUGGCAACUUUGCGUAUAAGAACCUCCCGAUGCUAGAAAAAGCCAACAAGGACGUUAUCCAGAAGCUGCGCGCGGAAGCAAUGCAGGCCCAAAACAAGAACAGCGCAGCGGUGUCUAGCCCGUCCGCUGCUGCAUCGCCUGCUCCUAGCCUUGAAGCGAGUCCGGUGCUUCCCUCUACUAUCAAGCGCACGAUGAGUUCCAAUAAAGGUUCAACGCGGCCAGUAUCGCCGCUCCUGAUGAAUCACUUGAAUCAAUCUCCCAACCGAGCAUCGCAGCCGUCAAGUCCCUUGUUAGUGUCAUUCAGCACUGGGCAUCAUGAACGGAGGAAGACAUCUGGAUCCUCCACUGGCUCGCAACAGCCACAGCCGCCAUCAUUACAGCCUGGGGGGCUAUUUGAUCCGCCGAGACUUACUGCGAGUAGCUCGUCUGUGUCAGCUACGUCAUCGCCUAUCAAAUUGGCCAAGUCACCCGGACAUAUGACACAGGACAGAACGUUGUCGUUGCACAAGCACUCGAGCUCCCAAUCACAGUCUGGACAAGUUACUUCUCCUCGCGCGCGAUCACAAACGACAAGCUCACAAGAGGGCCCAGUCAAGGAUUUAAUUCCUAACCACCACAAGCGACGAAGCCAGGUGCCCGACAUUUCUCCGUCGUCUUCGGAUACGGAAGAGUCCCGGCAAAAAGCGCUGCUUCGGGUUCAACGACGUCGGCAAUCCUCCCGCCGGCUAUCACAGAUUACCCUUAAUGACGGACCCAUCUUCCGUCCGCUUGAUGUGCUCAUUUGCGAGGACCAUCCCGUGUCUCGAUACGUCAUGGAGAAGCUCCUCGAGAAGCUCCGUUGCCGUACCAUCUCCGUCCAGAGCGGACCCGAAGCGGUUCGAUAUGCGAUGUCCGAAGUCAAAUUCGAUAUCAUCAUGAUGGAGUACCGGCUGCCGCAGAUCAACGGCGCAGAUGUCGCACGCAUGGUUCGGGACACGAAGAAUCCGAACAGCCCGACACCCAUUGUGUGCGUGACCGGCUACUUGAAGGAUCUCCAAGCACCGCAUCAUUUCGAUGCGCUGAUCGAAAAGCCGCCGACAAUCGCCAAAUUUACCGAGGUUCUCACCCGCUUGUGUCAGUGGAAACCGGCACCCCCGGGCUGGACGCCGUCUCAGGCGUACCCAUAUCCCAGUCCGCACUCCUCAACUCCCGGUUCUGCCAUUCCGCCCUCGGCGUUGCGUAUGGAGUCGUCGCGUGCUGAGGAUAGUCCCGUGAGUCAGUCCAGCUCAUUCGCAGCGAUGCCCUCCGCCAGUUAUCGUGGCUCGAGCCGAGCCGAUAGCAUUAGUUCCUCGUUCUUCGGCGAGGUCGACGCACGGUCGACGUCCGAUACGAAUGAGUCGAUCCCGGUUGUGGUCGCUCGCGGCCAUGCGGCGGACGAGUGGAGGGAUAAAGACCUGGCGAGCCGGCUUGGAGGAUUGGGUAUUAGCGAGGAGCCUUUGACGUCGGAAGUUGAAGACACCAAGCCUCUAUCCCAUCCUUUCGCGCCGUCUAGUCUUCUUCACCAGCAGAUUUCCGCUCGUCCUGCACCUGAACAGCCGGUGCCUCGGACCCCUUCCCAACCGCAGGCUGCCCCUUUGCCGCAGAGUCCAAAGCAAACACCCGAGACAGCAAGGUCACGGUCGCCCGGUCUUCAAGCCCAUCCGAAUACGACUGUACGAAAGAAAUCCAACGAACGCUCGCGUGUUGCCUCGAGCUCCAGCGCCGGGCCUCCUGACGACGCCAGCUUUGCCGGCGACGAAGACGAGGAACUUGGCGACGUCAAGGUGCGCGCCAAGAGCCCCAAGCACCGGGCCCGAGGAUCCAGCAAACUGGGCACGGAGAUGCUCCGCACCAAUUCAAGAGGUAGCGUGGUGAGCGUUGAAGACCUGCCAGGGAUGCGCGGCCCGGUGGACGGAGGGAAGCAUGACGAUGAUGAAUCGAACAAGACGGAAUUGGCUGUGGCGCACGCGCCUGCGGUUCCGACAGUGGAAGAGGACAAGGAUGCGGAAGCCGAUGGCGACGAGACGAUUAUCAUCACCUCACCCGACGAACAGGAGUCCGAAGCCGGUCUCGAGGAAGAUGUGCCGGCACACCUUCCAUCGGACGCGGAUAGUUCCAGGCCGGCUUCGCGGACCGAGAACAAAGCAUCCCUCACACCCCCUGAGAUCUUCCAUCCUGUUCCUGGGGGCACAUUCGGGGCCAUGGAGAUCCCCGACGAUGUACGCGGCCAACCCCAGACGCCUGCGCGCGAGGAUUGGCCCGCGGAGGCAGAUGUGGACGCCACGCCUCGUCCGGCAGCUCCAGCGAAGGAUGCGGCCUAGAUCCUCAACCCCCUUUUCAAGGACCAUUUCCUAUGUACGUUUAUACAGAUUGUGGUUUUGCAAAGCAUGGUGUUGGUGGAUCGCGCACGGAUAGUUUGUAUUGCUGGUUGGUCGUCGCCAACAAGACUCGAUCGUCCUUCCUCUCAUUUGUGUUCUGUUUUUUGGUCCCUGGCUGCUUUUCUUUUGGGCCCGGAAAAUUGUCUCCCUU